UCGCUGUCGAGACGCUGAUGCCACCGUCCGGCAUCUUGUGCGCGUUUAAUCAAGGGGUCCCUGUCUGGUUUGUGUUGAACUCUGUAGUCGACAAUGUUUGCUUUAAGAUCACUAGCAUUUAAAUCGGUUCCGUUCCUAGGGAAAUCACAGUUGGUAAACUCGGGGCUUCACACGAGUGCGAGUUGGAGCGGUGCGAAAGUUGCAGUUGUGCUGUCUGGCUGUGGUGUGUAUGACGGAACAGAAAUCCAUGAAGCAUCAGCGAUUCUGGUGCACCUGAGCAGGGGCGGGGCCGAGGUCCAGAUGUACGCCCCUGACGUGUCCCAGAUGCAUGUAAUCGACCACGGGAAGGGAGUGCCAGCUGAGAACGAGUCCAGGAACGUCUUAUCAGAGUCUGCACGCAUCGCUAGGGGCAACAUCACAGAUCUCGUCAAACUCAGCGUCAGCGACCAUGACGCCAUCAUCUUCCCAGGGGGCUUUGGGGCGGCAAAAAACCUGUCGACUUUUGCCGUGGACGGUCCAGACUGCAAGAUCAACGCAGAUGUGGAGCGUGUCCUGAAGGACUUUCAUAAGGCAGGCAAACCUAUCGGGUUGUGCUGUAUCUCUCCUGUGUUGGCUGCCAAGCUGCUUCCUGGGGUAGAGGUGACGGUGGGGCACGAAGAGGAGAAGGGGGGCAAGUGGCCCUAUGCUGGCACUGCUGGGGCUAUUAAGGCUCUGGGAGCCAAGCACAUCGUCAAGGAGGUCACCGAGGCCCACGUAGACCAGAAGAACAAGGUGGUGACAUCACCAGCCUUCAUGUGUGAGACCCAGCUGCACCUGAUCUUCGACGGCAUUGGAGCCAUGGUAACCAACGUCCUCAAACUCAGUGGAAAGUGAAAGAGCAGAACCGUUUAUACCUAAACAUCAUAGCAAAUAGCAAUGUUGUCCACCACAAAUCCACUUCACCACUAAACUAUAUCGAAGGAGUGUGCUCGUUAUGUUUCAUUUCUUUAGAUAGUUCUAUGUUGUUUUACAGCUCUCAACAAAGUAUUCGUCAAAAGCUUUUGAUUUUUAUUAAAUGGUGCCAGUAUUCAGUAAAAGUAAUUAUUUUGUAUGUUUUUGCAGGACAUAUAGAGAAUAUGAAUUUAUUAUAAUAAUAAACAACUUUAUUCUGCUAACUGCAUACAGGUACGUUUCCCUGUUAUAGGAAUGGAGUUGUAGAGUUGUAAUUUAGAGAAGUGCUGCUACUUCCUGUAUUGUCCAGCAGAGGGCGCUAACAGGCCACUGGCCACUCGGUUCCAAUGCGAAUGUGUUGAGAUUCCCCCUCUCUCUCUCAUUCAAAGAUUCAGAGCAGGUGUAAGAAUUUAUUAUCUCUAAAAUCAUCUGUGUUUCCAGGCGAAUAAGCUAUAAAUAUCUCAACUGCUGAAAUCAGAUUAAAAAAAAUAAAAUUUAAAAAGCAUUUCAUUCAGACUUGAGAGGACUUGCGCUAAGGAAAGGCAAUGUUUAGGGAAUGGCUUUAUUUACCUGGAGUCAUGUAUAUUGUCAUUGAACUCAUGUCUGUUGAAUAAAGAGAUGUCAGUGAACUCAUCAUGUCUGUGGAAUAAAGAGAUGUCAGUGUA